AUGAUUACAGUUUCUUUGAUUGUGGGUGGCAUGCUUAUUUGGCGUACUGAAUUUCCUGUUUUCCUUUCAGAUACCCGCAAGAAAAGUUUCGGCAUCGAAAGGACGGCGGCGAUUGAGACUGGUCGAGAAACUCUCAUAGAGAUCGACAAGGAUGGCAAAGGACUUGGCCUGUCGAUUGUUGGUGGAUCUGAUACGGUACUGGGGACGGUGGUGAUACAUGAAGUUUAUCCGGAUGGUGCCGCUGCCCAUGAUGGACGUUUGAAACCGGGCGAUCAAGUGCUGGAGGUUAGCAUUUCAGGAGCUUAUGAAUUUUCUUUCAUACAUAGUUAG